AUGGACUCCUCGCGCCGCCGCGUCGUGGAAGCAAAAUCGCAUCUUCCGCUGAUGACUCUGGCUGCCAACCCUCCUCGCUACCCGCGCAAUCCGUCUAAAGCUCUGUUGGAACCCCUCGUGCUAUAUAUCGUCCGUGUGCCUGGUAGUAGAGAUGUCUUCCUUUCUCCUUUAAAACCCCCGACUGAAUCUAGCAUCACGUCCGAACUCAUUAAAGCGGCUCUCUACUACAUACAUGUCGCAACCCCAGAGGAUGAGGCUGUUCUUCGAGCAAUUGAAAAGGAAAAGCACUCCAAUAAAUUUCUCCCGAAUCCUCACCAGUCCUCCUCUUGUGUUACGCGGUUGAACUGCGUUAACAGAAAACCAGCACCAGGCGCUAAUACGCAGACUAGAGAGAACAAACGGCAUUCGAUUCCCAGACGGCCUGUAUCGUCAGAGAGAAAUAUCCCAAGCGAGGAUGCUCAAGCAUGGGACCCUCGGAUUCCUGAUGCACAGGUGCCCAAUAGCCAGAAUGAAUCACGGUGGAAACGACACCUCCCUCUCCGGAAACCGUUACCGCCUCCUCCCACAGGCUCCAGCAACGCUGCCCUCCCUCAGCCAGCCCCCAAUACUGCCGAAUCUAUCGCAGAAGAAGUUGACCCGAGAUGGAGAGAGCAAUCCAUAAAUUCGAUAGCUCGAAGCAAUAGCGAAUCAUUGACAUCAUCCACUGUUCCUACGAUGGAGAGACAACAUAAUGGACGAGCUAGCUGGCAUGACGGAGGUUCGUCAAUUACGUCCGAACGGCCCCAGAGGCAGAGCUUUUUCAGGCCCUCACAUCUCCUCACGGAUCAGAUCUCCAGAAAUUGUCGUAUAUCUAGUCCGUUUUCCAAACCGGGACGACGGCGGAUGAGUGUGAAGGCCCGGGAACUCCCUCCCCCUUUCCACCUCACGCUUAUACGGCGUGAUACGACCAAUGACCACCAGUGGAACGUGGGGACAAUAACGAACUGCGCUUCCUCAUCCUCGCCAGAUGUAGCAUUGGACGGCACGAUAGCAAUCGAAAUCCUCACGCCGGGCUAUAAGAAGCUGGCAGGAGAGCGAAUGCCCUUGUUCCCAACAGAGCGACACACCCCUUCCACAUCCACGAAUGGCGAACCGUUAAAAUUCAUCCGCCACCUCACCUUCACCUCCCCGCAAAGCCGUCGCAAUGGCCAUGGCCACAUCUGGACCUCCAGCAGCAGCUCCCUUUCCCUAGAUCUGGCCUAUAACAAAGAUCCACCUGCUUCAAAAAUACAACGAGGCAAAUACUACUCUUUCACAUCGCCUUGGGAAGGCAUCUGCACCUUCACCACAAGCGUCAACGGCCGCACCCUAAAGUGCAAACAUACCAUCCCCAACAGCAUCCCCUCCCUUGCCGGCCUAAAUCUCCCAACCACUACAAACAGCGACAAUCCAGAUGACCCCAAGCCCCGUCUAAACUUACAACAACUGCAAUCCGCCCUCGAAUCCUCAGCCGCAGCUGCUAGUUCUGCCCCGUCAACACAGGGAUCAACCGUCACAGCGGCAGAGAUCCGCUUCAAUCUACCCAUGUUCUCCUCGCAAAAUAGUGGACAUAAUUCCAAGAGCAAUACCCCAUAUGCCAGCCACGAUGCUACGAAUGAGACUGCCCUGAUAGCGAGCGUCCUUCGAAGCCGUGCGGAGGGGCUGGCUGGCCGCUUGGAUCUUAGUUUGGGUCGUGAACGCGCCGGCGGGGGUGCGUUUGGUAAAAGUGCGAAGUUGGGCAAGUUGAUUAUUGAGGAUGAAGGGUUGAAGAUGUUGGAUCUGGUUGUGGCGGCGUGCAUGGGGGUUUGGUGGGGGGUGUAUGAUGGUUUAUGUUGA